ACAUCCACAUUUGUUUUGUAGGUUCAAAGGAGAAAUUUAACAUUAAAAUUAAAAUUGAGUUACAGUCUUGUUUUGGUAUAAAACAUACCAGCAAAUAAGAUGUCUGAAAAGGAGGGUACUUCAGAAGAGCUAGAAGAUAUCACUAGUCAACGUAGGAAAGAAUCUGGAUCAUGGUCAGAAGAGCCUGAAUUUAUUAAAGAAACAUCAAAUUCAUUAGAAGAAGUUUGUGAUGGGAAACCUUCCAGUCAGAUUUGUGAAACACAUCUUAGAAAUGAUAAAUUAGGUAUAUAUGAUGAUACAUCAGCAUUGUCCCCCAAAAAUAAAUCUAAGAGAAAUGAAGAACAAAGGAAAACUCUUCAAUUUUCUGAAACAAUCACUCUAUAUGACACCUUUCAGUCAAAAAGUGCUACUUCACAAAGUCCACCAUUAUCAAUGACUGAGAUGGUUGCUGAAAAUCAGGCUUUCACUGGCUUAUCUCAUGAAACAUUAGAAAAAAACAGUGCACAACUCUCUGAGGAAAAUCAGAAAGGAAUUGGCUUAGGAUCAGAUAACUUUACAGUUAACCUCAAGGCCAAGGGUUUACAAGAAUUCCCUAAGGACAUCUUAAAAAUCAAAUAUGUAAAAUAUCUAUAUUUGGAUGAGACCUAAAUCAAAAGUUUUAAAGGGGCAGAGACAGGUGAUCUGCUAGGACUUGAAAUUCUAUCCUUGCAAGGAAAUGGGUUAUCAUCAUUUCUAUCUGAAAUUCAGUUACUUCAUAAUUUAAGGAUAUUAAAUGUCAGUCAUAAUCAAAUAUCACAUAUACCUAAAGAAAUAUCACAGGUUGGGAAUAUCAGGCAACUCUUUUUUAAUAACAAUUAUAUUGAGAAUUUUCCUUCUGGGUUAGAAAGUCUUGGAAACUUAGAAAUUUUAAGUUUGGCUAAAAAUAACUUAAGACAUAUACCAGACAUUCUGUCUAGUUUGAAAAACUUGACGGUUCUCAAUCUGGAAUAUAAUCAGUUAACAAUAUUUCCUAAAGCUCUGUGCUUCCUUCCAAAGUUAAUUUCACUAAACCUUACUGGAAACCUGAUAAGCAGUUUGCCAAAAGAAAUUAGGGAGCUUAAACAUUCAGAAAAACUUUUACUGGAUCAUAAUCAACUUACUUUUUUGGCUGUGGAGAUUUUUCAAUUGCUCAAAAUGAAAGAAAUCCAACUAACUGAUAAUAAACUGGAAGUUAUUUCACAGAAAACUGAGAAUUUUAAGGAACUCAGAAUUCUAAUACUUGAUAAAAAUUUAUUAAAAGAAAUACUGGAGAAAAUUUCCCACUGUGUAAUGUUGGAAUGCCUUAGUCUUAGUAAUAACAAAUUAACAGAACUUCCUAAGAACAUCCAUAAGCUAAAAAAUUUAAGAAAACUCCAUGUAAACAGAAAUAAUAUAACGAGAAUACCUGAAAAUAUCUCACAUCUUAAUAGUAUGUUCAGUCUAGAAUUUUCAGGAAAUGAUAUGGUAUCACUCUGUGUUCUGAUUUUAUGCUGUAAUAAAUUUGAAGCUUUUCCUAUAGAAGUAUGUACCUUAGAAAAUUUGCAAGUAUUUGAUCUUUCAACAAACCAAAUACAGAAUAUCCCUUCAGAUAUCUGUAACCUAAAAAGAAUCCAGAAAUUAAACAUCUCAAGCAAUCAAUUUAUAUAUUUUCCUAUUGAGCUGUGCCAACUUCAAUCACUGGAAGAGCUGAAUAUAAAUCAGAUAAAUGGAAGAAAGGCAAGAAACUUAUAUUUUUGGCCUUGGAGAGAAGUUGGCAUUGGAGGGGAUAAGAAUCUAAACUGUAGUGUAUGUGUGUAUGGAGGGAAGAAAGGGAUAGUAAGGGACAUCAAGUUCUGGGAGAGUGAGGAAAGUGGGUUAAUAAGCCAUAGGGUUGAAUGGGUAGAAUUGGCCAGACCGGGGAGGCACUUGGAUGCCACAAAAUAUAUUGUGGAUUUUAGUGAUAUCUCAAAUAAUGUAAUCAGAGAGAUUCCAAGAAAUAUAGGGGAAUUGAGAAGUUUGGUUAGUUUAAAUGCAUACAACAAUCAAAUACGUUAUCUGCCACCAUUUUUUCUAUGUUUACAUGAUCUCCAGCAACUAAAUUUCAGUGGAAAUAAUCUGACAUAUCUGCCUAGGGGUAUCCACAACCUUUUUUCACUGAAGGAGAUAAAUUUUGAUGAUAACACUUUGCUAAGACCUCCAAUGGAAAUCUGUAAAGGAAAACAACUCUAUACGAUUGCACACUAUCUAGAGAGGCCAGUCCUUAGACUGGAUUCAGAUUUUGGUCCUCCAAUUCAACGCAAGAAAAUCCUAGAGAAGAUCUUCAACAUAGUUGCCAAAAAUAUCACUGAAACAAAUUUUAAUUUUUUGUGUCAAAAACUAAGCCUGGCAAUCUCAGAAACAGAUAUGCCUACAAAGAGCACUGUUUCAUUAAGUGAGAGAGUCCGCCAAGCACUUAAUAGGUGGAGAACAGAAAGUAACAACCUGUCACUAACUACAGCUGCUUUAACAGACCAACUAACUCAGGCACUAAUGAUGAUAGGAGCAUAUGAAAUUAUGGACAAAAUAACAGCUUUAAAAGUUUUUACAGGUGCAAUUAAAUUCUGAACAGUGUACUCAUAAUAAAAACUGAAAAUUUAUAAUGUACUUACAUAAUUGAAACCGGAUAAAAGAGAAUUGCAUGUCAUGUC